ACAAUUGAAAAAAAAAACAAAAAAACAGAAAGACAGGUAAAUGAUGACACGUCAGCAGUAGCUGUGAAUGGCAGCUUUCCCCAAGCCCAUCUCAUGCCUUGAAAGUAAAGGACAACAAGACUUUGGCUGAUGACUCACAAUGCCCAUUGUGACUGUCCACUGCUGCCCGGCAGCAUCCCAUAAGUGAGAGUUAAAGGCAAGGGCUGGCUGGCACGUCCCUUCUUCAGCUCCCUGAGGGGCCACUAUGGUUUGGGCUCUGGCAUCUGCUUUGUGUGGUCCUUCCGUCUCACAUGCCACUUGAUGACCACCUGUUGUCUGUACAGCUGCUCCUAUCAGCCCCUUGUCCCUCCUCUGACCCACUGCUCGUGGUCCCGAGAAUAGGCAGCCCGAGUUGUUCAGACCUGAGGCUCCAGAGUUCCAAGGGGCAGCGCUGGCAUGGAGGACGGCUCCAUCCUUCUUACCAAAGGCCUUUUCCAUGAAGGGCAUUUCAUCGUGACUCUGGGCAGCAGGCUACCCUGCUUCAAGGACUAGUUCCCAUGGAGCUAGAAGCCUUAGAAACUUGCCCUUACAACCCUCACUACCGAAUCCCACUCAGCAGAUUUCAGUACCACCUGGCAUCAUGCCGGAGAAAGAACCCCAAGAAUGCCAAAAAGAUGGCCAGCUGUAAAUACAAUGCCUGCCACGUGGUCCCCAUCAAGAAGCUGGAGGAGCACGAGGCUGCCUGUGUCAACAGAAGCACCGUGGAGGAAGAGGACAGCCUGAGUCCCCUGAAGGUCAGCCUCCCAAAUGCAGGGCAGAAGGGCAACGGAAAUGCCUCCCCGGUGUCCCCCUGUCUCCCCAACCCUGACGUCUGGAAUAUUGAUAGCACAAAUUGCCACCCCAUGUUUGUCCUUAAGUCUUUCAUUCCCCAGAAGCUUGUUUGUGAAAGUGACACCAGAGAGUCGAGACAGACGACCACACCCCAUCCCUGACUGCCCCCGCAGAAGAUCAUCAGACCGGGAGAGUGA